UUUUAAUUGAUUAGUUUUAUAAUAUUCCGAGAUUUGUAAAAAUAUUUCGGUAGUUGUCGAGAAAAAUCUUACUAGUAUGUUAUUCCCGUAAAUUAGUUAAAGGAUAUAAUAUAAGUGAUUAUUGAGCAAUUGAACUAUAGUGGGCUAAUUGUGAUAAUAACAGGUGCUCACAUCCUUUUUCUUGUUUUGUGCCACGUAUCAACCCCUCUGUUAGUCUCUCGACCUCACCGCCUCUCUCCCUCAACUCCACCCAGUCGAUCGCUACAUCCCUACACACCUUUCCGUCUCCAUCUUUCACCUCUAAAUUCACUGCCUCCAGACUUCGCCGUGAUCUCCAGCCGCUGCCAAUCUCCACCACCGCUGCUAUGUCCUCCGUUUUUACUCCGCUCGAAGCCAGUAGUUGUCCUUCAAUUCUUCGGCCAAUUAACUCUGUUUUCUGGCCAGCAGUCCACCCUUUCUUUAAUUAUUCUGAUUGGUGUACUCCGUCAGCAUCGACAACUGAAAUACUGUGUUACUCUUGGAGAAUCAACCGAGACUUGUAUAUCGAGGACAUUCAGCAAUAGUUGAAUAGCUUUGCGAAUUGAAUCAGCAAUAGUUCCUUAAGACGAAGCUGUGCUGUGAGAUAGUUCGGUAGAAAUUAAUCGGUGUGAAAAUCAGCAGAACUGAGAUAAUGUUAAAGAUGGUUCGCUUAUUUAGGCUAAGCAUAAGAGUAAGGCUAGGCGAGGAUUGCAAGUGACUAAGUUUCAACCUGAUGGUCAGGAAGAGUAUCCAGGAUCGAGUCUUUUGGACUAGUGGUUUUCAAUUGUUUUCUUUUAGUGGCACCAAAUCCAGACCCCCGGAUUUGAGGGCUGUCACAGUUUGUGCCAGAUGUGGAUUGUGCCAAGGUUUGGUUUCGAGUACUUCUUACCUUUUGCUGCUCAGGGAAUAAAUAAGCACAUUGAAGAUGCCAUUCUCAGAGCUGACAGACUUGGUGUCAAAGUAAUUGGUCUUGCUGGAUUUAAUAAGAGUGAAGCUCUAAACGGGGGUGGAGUACUCUUUGUCAACAAGCACCCCAAACUUAGAAUCCGAGUAGUCCAUGGAAACACCUUAACAGCAGCUGUGAUUCUUAAAGAAAUUCCUCAAGAUGUAACAGAGGCCUUUGUGGUGGGAGCCACUUCUAAGCUUGGAAGGGCAAUUGCGAUCUAUCUAGCUCGACGCAUGGUUAGGGUCUUGAUGCUAACACAGUCUACCGAGAGAUUCACAAUUAUUCAAAAGGAAGCCCCAGUGGACUGCCAGAACUUCCUAGUUCAAGUCACAGAGUAUCAAGCAGCUAAACAUUGUAAGACAUGGAUCAUCGGUAAAUGGACUACCCCGCAGGAGCAACUUUGGGCCCCUCCAGGGACACAUUUCCAUCAGUUUGUGGUUCCAAAUAUUAGUCCCUCUCGGAGAGACUGCACUUAUGGUUCGCUUGCAGCCAUGAAACUUCCUGAUAAUGUGGAGGGGCUUGGCAUGUGUGAGUACACACUGGAAAGAGGGGCUGUUCAUGCCUGCCAUGCCGGAGGAGUUGUUCACUUACUUGAAGGCUGGACUCACCAUGAAGUCGGUGCUGUUGAUGUUGAUCAGAUUGAUGUUGUCUGGGAGGCAGCACUAAGGCAUGGCCUAAAGCCAGUGUAGUACUUCUACAUUUCAAAUCCGAUCCUUUUCUGCAGGAAUUUUUUUUCUUGUAAUAAUUGUCAUGUUAUAUAUAACAGAAUGUAGCCAUUAUGUGAAAUAGGCACUCAUCUUAUAGUGCUUUCAUUGAGUGUGAUAUAUGCAGAAACAUUAUUGUAACAUAAUAUAUUCAAUGUCAGUCUACAAAGCAA